ACUACUGCCCCAACAAGCACAACAACUGCUGUGGCAACUACAACAACUAGUGCCCCAACAACUGCUUUGGCAACUACAACAACUACUGCCCCAACAACCACAACUGCUGUGGCAACUGCAACAACUACUGCCUCAACAACCACAACAACUGCUGAGGCAACUGCAACGACUACUGCCCCAACAACUGCUAUGGCAACUGCAACAACUACUGCACCAACCACUACAACUACUGCCCCAACAACCACAACUGCUGCGGCAACUGCAACAACUACUGCCCCAACAACCACAACAACUGCUGAGGCAACUGCAACAACUACUGCUGCAGCAACUAUAACAACUACUGCCCCAAUAACCACAACAACUGCUGUGGCAACUGCAACAACUACUGCCCCCACAACCACAACCUCUGCUGCGGCAACCACAACAACUACUGCCCAAACAACUGCUAUGGCAACUGCAACAACUACUGCCCCCACAACCACAACCUCUGCUGCGGCAACCACAACAACUACUGCCCAAACAACUGCUAUGGCAACUGCAACAACUACUGCACCAACCACUACAACUACUGCCCCAACAAGCACAACAACUGCAAUGACAACUGCAACAACUACUGCCCCAACAACCACAACAACUGCUGCGGCAACCACAACAACUACUGCCCAAACAACUGCUAUGGCUUUGACAACUGCAACAACUACUGCACCAACCACUACAACUACUGCCCCAACAAGCACAACAACUGCUAUGACAACUGCAACAACUACUGCCCCAACAACCACAACUGCUGCAGCAACUGCAACAACUACUGCCCCAACAACCACAACAACUGCUGAGGCAACUGCAACAACUACUGCCCCAACAACCACAACAAAUGCCGUGGCAACUGCAACAACUACUGAUCCAACAACUGCUGCGGCAAUUGCAACAACUACUGCCCCAAUAACCACAACAACUGCUGCGGCAAUUACAACAACUACUGCCCCAACAACCACAACAACUACUGCUGAAACUGCAACAACUACUGAUCCAACAAGCACAACAACUGCUAUGACAACUGCAACAACUACUGCCCCAACAACCACAACUGCUGCGGCAACUGCAACAACUACUGCCCCAACAACCACAACAACUGCUGAGGCAACAGCAAAAACUACUGCCCCAACAACCACAACAACUGCCGUGGCAACUGCAACAACUACUGAUCCAACAACUGCUGCGGCAACUGCAACAACUACUACCCUAACAACCACAACAACUGCCGUGGCAACUACAACAACUACUGCCCCAAUAACCACAACAACUGCUGUGGCCAUUGCAACAACUACUGCCCCAACAACCACAACAACUGCCAUGGCAACUGCAACAACUACUGAUCCAACAACUACCACAACAACUGCUGAGGCAACUGCAACAACUACUGCCCCAACAACCACAACCACAACAACAACUACUGCAUCAACUACAACUACAACUGCUCCAACCACAACUACUACUGCUCAAACAACUACAACUACUGCCCAAACCACAACAACCACUGCCCCAACUACAACAACCACUGCCCCAACUACAACAACCACUGCCCCAACCACAACUACUACUGCCCCAACCACAACAACUACUGCCCCAACCACAACAACUACUGCUCCAGCCACUACUACUAAUGCGCCAACCACUACUAGUGCACCAACCACAACUACUACUGCUCCAACCACAACUACUAAUGCCCCAACUACAACAACUGAUGCCCCAGCUACAACUACUGCACAAACCACUACAAUUACUGCUCCAACUUCAACAACUACUGCUCCAAUCACUGCAACUACUGCACCUACCUCCACAACUACUGCACCAACCACAACUACUACUGCUCCAACCACAACAACUACUGCACCAACCACGACAACUGCUGCUCCAACUACAAUGACUGCGCAAACCACUACAACUACUGCCCCAUCCACAACUGCUCCAACUACAACAACUACUGCACCAACUACAACAACUACUGCACCAACCACGACAACUACUGCCCCAACCACAACUACUACUGCCCCAACCACAACAACUACUGCCCCAACCACAACAACUACUGCCCCAACUACAACUACUACUGCACCAACUACAACAACUACUGCUCCAACCACCACAACUACUGCACCAACCACAACUACUGCUGCACCAACCACAACAACUACUGCCCCAACCACAACUACUACUUCUCCAACCACAACAACUACUGCACCAACCACGACAACUACUACCCCAACCACAACUACUUCUGCUCCAACCACAACAACUACUGCUCCAACCACAACUACUACAGCUCCAACCACAACAACUACUGCAUCAACCACGACAACUACUGCCCCAACCACAACUACUACUGCUCCAACCACAACAACUACUGCCCCAACCACAACAACUACUGCCCCAACCACAACUACUACAGCUCUAACCACAACAACUACUGCUCCAACUACAACUACUACUGCACCAACUACAACAACUGCUGCUCCAACCACCACAACUACUGCUCCAACCACCACAACUACUGCCCUAACCACAACAACUACUGCACCAACCAUGACAACUACUGCCCCAACCACAACUACUACUGCCCAAACCACAACAACUACUGCCCCAACCACAACUACUACUGCUCCAACCACAACAACUACUGCCCCAACCACAACUACUACAGCUCCAACCACAACUACUGCCCCAACCACAACUACUACAGCUCUAACCACAACAACUACUGCUCCAACUACAACUGCACCAACUACAACAACUACUGCUCCAACCACCACAACUACUGCCCCAACCACAACAACUACUGCACCAACCACAACAACUACUGCACCAACCACGACAACUACUGCCCCAACCACAACUACUGCCCAAACCACAACAACAACUGCCCCAACCACAACUACUACAGCUCCAACCACAACAACUACUGCCCCAACCACAACUAAUACAGUUCUAACCACAACAACUACUGCCCCAACUACAACUGCACCAACCACAACAACUACUGCCCAAACCACAACUACUACAGCUCCAACCACAACAACUACUGCACCAACCACAACAACUACUGCACCAACCACGACA